AGGAAGUCGAAAGGGUUGCAAUGUCUACAGGCGUAUCGUAAGAUUGGAAUUUCAAAUAGAAGAAGGUAGUGGAAGAACACUGUGUAGAUAGAUAACGGUGUUUCCUUUACCAAAGCGAAAUAAAAGACGUAGUUAGAGAUUGUGAAAAAGAAAGAGACAGAGAAGGAGAGAGAGAAAGAGUUAAAACAAGAGAGAGAAAGAGAAAGAGUUAAAUGAAGAGAGAGAAAAGGAGAGAGAAGGAGAGAGAGAGACGGAUUAUCACGUGCUUGUCGAGCAAGUCCCUCAUCGAGAACGACCUUCAGUUCAUCGUCAGACGUUCCUCGUGCGAGUAGCAUGGUUAAAUCGAUUUAAACGUGUUUCUUCCAUAACCUUAAACUAUUCGAUAUCAUUCAAUCCUAUAACAACGUGUCUCGAAUUAUGAUCACAGAUAGAACAAGACUCGCCUACGUUACGGCAGCAGCUGUUGGUGCCGGUACAGCAGUUUUCUUUAUUUGGUGGUGGUGGUGGAAUCAUAAAAAGAAAUAUCAAUUACCUACGAAAUGGAGGAAAGUCGGUGAACUUAGCGAUCUCGUUACAUAUCCGGUAAAAUCAUUGGGUCCAAUUAGAUACACGACGAUGGAAUGUACUAUAUUGGGCCUAAAAGUUGGAUGGUUACGUGAUCGAACAUUAAUGGUUAUUGAUAUUGAUGGGCACUUUGUUACUGCUAGACAAAUGCCAAAAAUGGUUCAGGUGUCACCGAGCGUUUCGGGUUCAGUUAUAACUCUAAAUGCUCCGGGCAUGAUGUCGGUGUCUAUAGAUCUUGCGCGUAUUUGCAAAAAAAGUUUUCGAACAGCAGUAUGGGGUCAAGCAGUACCGGCUUGCGAUUGUGGAGAAGAAGCAGCCAGAUGGUUGUCACGUUUUCUUCUUCAAGAAGACGCCGGUCUUCGUUUGGUUUAUUAUCCGUUAGAUAAACCAGUGAGAGAAAUACGAGAAAAGAACAGGAUCUUCCCUUUAAUUGAGAACGUUGAUACCGGUGCUUUUCCUGAUGCUACCAGCUAUAAUCUAAUAAACGAGUCGUCGAUAAUGGAUUUAAAUUCGCGAUUGGAGGAAUCGGUAACUACGUCGAAUUUUCGACCAAAUUUUGUCGUGAAAGGAGCGAACGUUUACGAAGAAGAUACCUGGGAUUGGAUUAAGAUCGGAGACGUUGUUUUUAGAAACGUUAAACCUUGUACUAGAUGUAUUUUCACUACGGUUGAUCCUGAAACCGGUGUAAAAAAUCCCAAAGUCGAACCUUUAAAAACUUUGAAGAGUUAUAGGCAAAUUAUGGAUCCAGAACUUCGUCCCUAUACCGGUGAUGCUCCGGUUAUGGGAAUUCAUCUUGCUUUAAGAGGACCAAAUGGUACUAUACGCUUAGGUGAUCCAGUUUACGUAGAUGUUCCAAAAGAGGAAGAAACCCCUGUAAUAUCGCCACCAUAGCUACACCGAUGGGCCUCCUGCGAGGAUGAGAUUAUUUUUAAAGAAGAAAAUGUUCUCGUAGGAGACCAUAACUCGUGACGUGAUCGGAUUGAUAAAAAUUGACAGAAAUAAUCAUUCGGGUGUACCUCUUCUAACAUUAAAUUUAAUUUAAAAAGAAGAAUACAAAGAGAGAGAAGAAACAAAAGAAAAAGAAGAAGUAGAAGAUGCAGAAGAAGAAGAUAUAUUAAGAAUAUUCUUAAGAAGAUUUCGUAAGAAUUUAUAUUCGAAAUAAUAUAUCGACGUAAUAAUUGUUGAUAACAAGUUACUAUAAUCAAAGUAUACGUAAAAACAUACUACCAUAAAUGAACUAUCUGCUAAUUAGAAGAUAACUCAUUUUGUUGUCACCUAUCUGAUUAGAAUCGUAGUAGCAAAAUGGGAGCUUCAAAUGUUACAAUUAUAGUCGCGCGAUUAGCGAAUUAUAUUUUUGUAAGAAUAUAUGUAAACUUCGGUGGUCCUUAUUUUCGGUAUUUUUGAAUUUAUAUGCCCAGCUUAUACGGUUCGCAAUAAAAAAAAAAAUAUCCCUUA